CGCCGCAGCGCCUGCCGCCGCGGGAGGAGGAGGAGGAGGAGGAGGAGGGAGAAGAUGGCGGACGAUCCCAGCGCUGCCGACCGCAACGUGGAGAUCUGGAAGAUCAAGAAGCUCAUCAAGAGCCUGGAGGCGGCUCGCGGCAAUGGUACCAGCAUGAUCUCGUUGAUCAUUCCCCCCAAAGACCAGAUCUCACGAGUGGCAAAGAUGUUAGCGGACGAGUUUGGCACCGCCUCCAACAUCAAGUCCCGGGUGAAUCGCCUUUCAGUGCUGGGAGCCAUCACAUCUGUACAGCAAAGACUGAAACUCUAUAACAAAGUACCUCCAAAUGGUCUGGUUGUUUACUGUGGAACAAUUGUGACAGAAGAAGGAAAAGAGAAGAAAGUCAACAUUGACUUUGAACCUUUCAAACCAAUCAAUACGUCGUUGUAUUUGUGUGACAACAAAUUCCACACGGAGGCCCUCACGGCGCUGCUCUCCGACGACAGCAAGUUUGGCUUCAUUGUAAUAGACGGGAGCGGGGCCCUGUUCGGGACGCUGCAGGGCAACACGCGGGAAGUGCUGCACAAAUUCACUGUGGAUCUUCCAAAGAAGCACGGCAGAGGAGGUCAGUCUGCCCUGCGCUUCGCCCGCCUGCGCAUGGAGAAGCGGCACAACUACGUGCGCAAGGUGGCCGAGACGGCCGUGCAGCUCUUCAUCUCCGGGGACAAGGUCAACGUGGCCGGGCUCGUCCUCGCCGGCUCGGCCGACUUCAAAACUGAGCUCAGCCAGUCUGACAUGUUUGAUCAGCGGUUGCAAUCCAAAGUGCUCAAACUAGUUGAUAUUUCAUAUGGAGGAGAAAAUGGCUUCAAUCAAGCAAUUGAGUUGUCAACUGAGGUCCUCUCCAAUGUGAAAUUCAUCCAAGAGAAAAAGCUAAUAGGACGAUACUUCGAUGAGAUCAGCCAGGACACGGGCAAGUACUGCUUUGGUGUGGAAGAUACACUAAAAGCUUUGGAAAUGGGAGCAGUAGAGAUCCUGAUAGUCUAUGAAAACCUGGAUAUCAUGAGAUACGUCCUGCACUGCCAAGGCACGGAGGAGGAGAAGAUCCUGUAUUUGACACCAGAGCAAGAGAAGGAUAAAUCCCACUUCACAGACAAGGAGACUGGGCAGGAACAUGAACUCAUAGAAAGUAUGCCCCUCCUGGAGUGGUUUGCAAACAACUACAAGAAAUUUGGAGCAACAUUGGAAAUUGUUACAGACAAAUCACAAGAAGGAUCCCAAUUUGUGAAAGGAUUUGGAGGAAUUGGAGGUAUCUUGCGGUACCGGGUGGACUUCCAGGGCAUGGAAUACCAAGGAGGAGACGAUGAAUUUUUUGACCUUGAUGACUACUAGGUAGUCGAGCUGGGUCCGGCAACACGUGCCUCGCCCCUCCAGCAUCCAACCCAAGGAGCAAACUCAUGGUGGAAAACACAACUGAUCCCUGCCUUAGAAUUGGAACAUUUCCAGAACUUGAUCCACGAGCAUUUGGAUUUAAGAAAGCUAAACCCUACACUUUGAUUUGUCAUAGUGUCAGUACAGCAGCAAACUACUAAGUUCCUAUAUGCCACUUUGGACUAAUUUAAAAAGAAUCCCAGUUUUUACUUUUACUCAAUGGUGAAAUUGGUUGCUCUUGUAUUUUAUGGAAAUGAUUUUUUUAACCUUCAUGAUACAUUAACUGCUGUAAACCUCUUCCUUCCAAAAUUAAUAGAAGUAAGAUCCUACUGGUUUGUUUCUUUAUACUUUGAUUGGAGAAAUCAAUUGCUGCAUUUGGCAGCGCCGUGACCCAUUUACAUGGCAUUCUCAGCUUAGCCUGCAGAAGAAAUGGAACGAGGUUGGAGCCAUAAUUCUCUUCAAAAGCUUGAGGAGGCACUGACCUGAGUGCUGGUUCAUUUCAUGUGGCUUGCAAAUUCUGAUGGUGUGGGGAGGCUCACCAGCCGAACGUGCUUUAAUCUAUUUGCAGAAACACUGCUCUUACAAACUAGGAAAUGCACUUCAUGGAUUGCAAUGAAAAUGCUGCUGGAGUCUUGGGCUUAAUUUGGAUUUGAGCAGUGCAGCCUUCAGGAAUUUAUUUUUUUUUCAGUCUUGACACAAAUAAACAUGAGAUUUCAGUGAAGUAAGGUACACUUGGCUUUUUGUUCCUCAGUAAGUUUUUCUUUUUGCUUUAGGACUGCGUAAGGUUUCCUUGAUUAUGUGAAUUUGAGCCCACAGGUCUUAAAUGGAAGUGGGUGUUUGACAGGAAUACUGAGUCAGUGGAGUGAAGGCUGAGUUAGUGCUGGGAGUGUGGAAUAUUUGACUCUGAUCCAUGGAGCACUGGCACAGCCCUGGGAACACCCAGCUCCCAGCAGUGUCUGUCCUGUGGGGAUGUGCCCUUCAGGAGGCAAAGGAUCUCCUCUGGAUGGUCCAGCCUGCCCAGGCUUGGUGUCCUGCCUGUUCCACAGAGCAUGCAUAGGUCAGGGAGCUCAUCCCUGGGGUGUGUCCAGCCUGCUGGGGACACUCUGGGGGUCAGGGGCUGUGCAGGACAGGGGAGCAGUGGCACAUGGCAGGUCCUGUCCCAUGGAGCAGUGGCACAGCUCAGGCCCUGUCCUGUCCCAUGGAGCAGUGGCUCUGUGCUCAGUGACACAGCUCAGUUCCUGUCCUGUCCCAGGGAGCAGUGGCACAGCUCAGGUCCUGUCCCAUGGAGCAGUGGCACAGCUCAGGUCCUGUCCCAGGGAGCAGUGGCUCUGUGCUCAGUGACACAGCUCAGGUCCUGUCCCAUGGAGCAGUGGCAGAGCUCAGUUCCUGUCCCAGGGGAGCAGUGGCUCU